ACCUGGUAGAAAAAAAUCACGGAUGAAGCAAGUGGCUAACAAUGGCUCACUCAAAGACUCUCUUAGUGCUGGAAAACUUUAUAGCUGGUAAAUUUGUUCCUUCUUCCUCCUACAUAGACUCCUAUAAUCCAUCCACUGGAGAGGUCUAUUGCAGGGUGCCAGACAGUGGCAAAGAAGAGGUGGAAGCUGCUGUCAAAGCUGCCAAAGCUGCCUUCCCAGUUUGGUCCUCAAAAAGCCCAUUGGAAAGAUCUCAGAUCUUGAACAAAUUGGCAGACCUGAUUGAACAUGACCUGGAAGCGUUUGCUCAAGCUGAGUCAAAGGAUCAGGGAAAAACGAUUACGUUUGCUAGAACCGUGGACAUCCCUCGGGCCGUGUACAACUUCCGAUUCUUUGCCUCUUCCAUCCUUCAUCACACAACAGAGUGCACUGAGAUGCCAGCCAUGGGCUGUGUGCACUACACCUCGAGGGCACCUGUGGGAGUUGCGGGUUUAAUCAGUCCCUGGAAUUUGCCACUGUAUUUGUUGACCUGGAAGAUAGCUCCUGCCAUUGCAUGUGGGAAUACUGUGGUUGCCAAGCCAAGUGAGAUGACAUCAGUCACAGCUUGGAUGAUGUGCAAACUUUUGGAGAAAGCAGGAGUGCCCCAGGGAGUGGUGAACGUGGUGUUCGGAAGAGGCUCCAAGGCGGGAGAAGCCCUGGUCUGCCACCCCGAGGUGCCCCUGAUCUCCUUCACGGGCAGCACGCUGACAGCCCAGCGGAUCACGGAGAGGAGCGCUCCCCACUGCAAGCGGCUGUCGCUGGAGCUGGGCGGCAAAAACCCUGCCAUCAUCUUCGACGACGCUGACUUGACCCAGUGCAUCCCCACCACCCUCAGGUCCAGCUUUGCCAACCAGGGAGAGAUCUGCCUCUGCACCUCCAGGAUCUUUGUUCAGAGGGGUAUAUACAGUGAGUUUCUGAAGAGGUUUGUGGCAGAAGCAAAGAAAUGGAAGGUUGGGAACCCCUCAGAUCCUACAGUUGACGUGGGAGCACUAAUAAGUAAAGAGCAUCUAGAAAAGGUAAGGAGCUAUGUGAAGAAAGCACAAGCCGAAGGAGCCAGGGUCCUCUGUGGAGAAGGAGUGGAUUCCUUGGCUCUCCCAGCUGACAACCAGAAAGGCUAUUUCAUGUUGCCCACAGUUAUUGCUGAAGUCAAGGAUGAAUCUUGUUGCAUGCAAGAAGAGAUCUUUGGGCCUGUGACAUGUGUGGUAGCAUUUGAUACGGAAGAAGAAGUGAUUGAAAGAGCCAAUGGUGUGAAAUACGGCUUGGCAGCCACUGUGUGGUCCAGCAACGUGGGACGUGUUCAUCGGGUGGCACAAAGGCUACAGUCUGGACUGGUGUGGACCAACUGCUGGCUUGUUAGAGAUCUGAACUUGCCAUUUGGUGGGAUGAAAGCCUCAGGCAUAGGAAGGGAGGGAGCAAAGGAUUCCUAUGAGUUCUUCACUGAGGUCAAAACCAUCACAAUAAAGCACUGA